AUGCUUUUAGAGCCUAUGGAACAAGAAACGCUACACAACCCAAACGAUCCACGCGAAGUUGAAUACAUACAGUUCGGUAUAUUGUCGCCGGAGGAAGUUAAACUGAAUUCCGUAACGCCCGGUGGCAUCAAUUCGCGCACAAUUUUAGAAAAUAAUGUGCCUUUGUAUGGCGGUCUUAUGGAUCCGCGCCAGGGGCCUAUCGAUCGCAAUGCUCAUUGCGGUUCGUGCUCGAAUGGAAUAACAGAGUGUCCCGGACACUUCGGCCACAUCGAGUUAGCUCAGCCGAUCUACCACACCGGAUUCCUACAGAAUGUAGUAAAAGUUCUGCGCUGUGUGUGCUUUUAUUGCUCUCAGCUUCUGGUGAACCGGGACUCGGAUAAGGUGCUGGCCAUACAGGACAAGUUUGGACAUAAUCCGCGCAAGCGAUUAUCUGAAAUGCACAGCAUUUGUCAUGCCGUCAAAUACUGUCCCAACGACUUGAAGGAGAACCCAGUCGAUGUGGAGCCGGAGACACGCUGUGGCCGCCGACAGCCGAACAUAACGCGCAAGGGUCUGGAUGUGCACGUAGCGAUGCAGGGCAUGGUGGCGGGCGUACCGCCCGAAGUUAUUGUCGUAACACCGUACCAACUGCGUCAGAUAUUGAUGGGAAUCUCUGACAGCGAUUGCGAGCUGCUGGGCUUGAAUCCGCAUUUCGCUCGACCCGAAUGGAUGAUCUUAACAAUGCUGCCGGUAAUGCCACCGCCAGUCCGUCCGGCCGUCCAUAUUGCCGGACGUGGUCCGCUGGAUCGCAGCCACGACGAUCUCACCCACAAGCUGGGCGACAUAGUUGUGGCAAACAAUGCCGUCAAGCAACUCAUUCUGCGCGGCAGUCCCGACCACGAGGUCCAGGAGGCCGUCAAGAUGCUGCAAUACCACGUCGCCACAAUGAUGGACAAUGAUCUGCAACAGCUGCCGCAGGCCUUGCAGAAGAGCGGACGUCCCAUUAAGAGCUUGAAGGAUCGGCUCAAGGGCAAGGAAGGGCGGCUGCGUGGCAACCUCAUGGGCAAGCGUGUCGACUUCUCGGGACGUACUGUUAUCACACCCGAUCCCAAUCUGGGCAUUAACGAGGUCGGCGUACCAAAAUCGGUGGCGAAAAUUCUAACCUUUCCCGAAAUUGUCGCGCCAUAUAAUUUUGAUCGCCUACAAGCCUUGGUGACACGCGGCGACAACUAUCCUGGUGCGCGGGCUGUUAUUCGGAAUGACGGCAUGCGUGUCGACCUUUAUAGCCGACUGGCCAAUGCUGGGGUUAAGCUAGAGCUGGGCAUGAAGGUUGAGAGGCAUUUGACAGACCACGACAUUGUCGUCUUCAAUCGCCAACCCACACUACACAAAAUGUCAAUGAUGGGUCAUCGCGUGAGGAUAUUGCCCUUUUCCACCUUCCGCAUGAAUCUGUCGUGCACCUCGCCCUACAAUGCCGAUUUCGAUGGCGACGAAAUGAAUUUGCAUGUUCCGCAAAGCCCCGAAGUGUGCGCUGAGAUCGAUCAAUUGGAGCUCGUGUCUCGGCAAGCGAUUACGCCGCAGUCGAGUCGGCCUGUGAUGGGCAUUGUGCAGGACUCGUUGCUGGGUGUCUGUCGGAUGACGCGACGGGACACGUUUGUGAAUAUUCAACGGUUUAUGCAUCUGAUGAUGCAGAUGCCCUUCUUUGGGGGAUUGCUGAAGCGGCCAUGCAUUCUGAAGCCGGUGGAGCUGUGGAGUGGGAAGCAAAUCUUCUCGCAGAUUAUUCCGGGCCAACUGAAUAUGAUGCGCACCCAUUCAACGCAUCCGGACGAGGAGGACGACAGCGAACAUCAUUACAUGUCGGUCGGGGAUACGCGGGUGAUUGUGGAAAAUAGCGUCCUGCUAAUGGGUAUACUCUGUAAACGAACUUUGGGCGCCUCAAUGGGCUCGUUGGUUCACAUUGUUGUUAGGGAGCUGGGCCACGAGGUCGCUGCCGAGUUCUACACCACCAUUCAGAAGGUGGUUAAUGCCUGGUUGGAGGUUGAUGGUCACAGCAUAGGCAUAGCCGAUUGUAUAGCCGAUAUAGAAACCUACUCCCACAUCGAGGACAACAUAGAGAGCGCAAAGAAACGGGUGCUUUCGGUAAUUGCAGAGGCCAAGAUAAUAUCCAAUAGCUGCACCACCCUGAACGAGACGUUCGAGAAUAGAGUCAACCAGCUGCUAAACGAGGCACGCGACAGUACCGGUAAUUUGGCGAAGCGUUCGCUUAAGGUGAACAACAAUCUGAAGAGCAUGGUGAUUGCCGGCUCCAAGGGCAGCAACAUAAACGUAUCUCAGGUGAUAGCGUGUGUCGGCCAGCAGAACGUGGAGGGAAAACGAAUACCGUGGGGCUUCAAGCGGCGCACUCUACCACAUUUCCACAAGGGGGACUUCGAGCCGGAGUCCCGUGGUUUUGUUGAGAACUCUUAUCUUACUGGUCUGACACCGGCAGAGUUCUACUUCCAUGCGAUGGGUGGACGAGAGGGUCUGAUUGAUACCGCAGUUAAAACCGCCGAGACGGGCUAUAUACAGCGACGCCUAAUUAAGGCUAUGGAAUCAACAAUGGUGCAGUACGAUGGCACCGUACGCGACAGCGGUGGCAACAUCAUUCAGUUCUGUUAUGGCGAGGAUGGACUCUGCGGCGAGGCGGUUGAGUUCCAACAGUUGCCCACUCAAAAAAUAUCAGACGAAUCAAUGACAAAACAAUUCAAGAUGGAUCUAUCAGUGCGUCCGAAAUUGUUUAAAGUAUUCACCGAGGAAACCGUUCAGGAAAUCGAUCGCAAUAUCACGACUACCAACAAAUAUCUAGAAGACGAGUGGACCCAAUUGUGCAACGAUCGCAAACUGCUACGCGAAAUCUUUCCACUCGGAGAUUCGAGAGUCGCUAUGCCCUGCAAUUUGCAGCGCCUGAUCGCCAAUGUCCAGAAGACCUUCAAGAUAAGUCCGCAAUCGCAGUCCACACUGCUACCAGUGUAUGCGAUCGAACGACUUAAGGAGUUCAUUGAUACCCUCGUUGUUAUACCCGGAAAGGGGCAACUCGCCCGAAACACCAACACCAAUGCCACCCUGCUGUUUCAAUGUUUGUUACGCUCCGCGCUCUGCGCUCGUAUGGCCACGGAACGGUACCGCUUCACAUCCGAGGCCUUCGACACACUCCUGGCACAAAUUCGCAUUAACUUCGAGCACGCACAGGUUUAUCCCGGCGAAAUGGUGGGCGCUCUAGCAGCCCAAUGCAUUGGCGAACCCGCUACUCAAAUGACGCUCAACACCUUUCACUUUGCGGGCGUCUCGGCCAAAAAUGUAACACUGGGUGUGCCUCGUCUUAAGGAGAUCUUGAAUGUUUCGAAAUGUCCCCGUUCGCCGUCCAUGACAAUGUUUUUGGUCGGCGAAGCAGCAAAGAACGGACACCUAGCCAGGGAUGUGAUUUCCCGAUUCGAGCACACAAAACUGAAUGAUGUUACAAGCAGUACGCGUCUCAUCUACGAUCCAGACCCAAGGAGGUCUGUGAUCGCAGAGGACAACGAAUUUCUCGACUGUUACUACGAACUGGAUGAUGAAGAUGAUGAUAAAUGCUCCCCCUGGGUAUUGCGAUUGUCCAUGAACCGCAAACGUAUGACAGACUCUGGGUUGCACAUGGAAUACAUUGCGGAGCGCAUCCAUGAAACCUUCGGCGAGGAUUUGCGCUGUAUUUUCAGCGACGAUAAUGUGGAGCAGCCGGUGAUACGACUUUGUACCACGAAGGUGUCACCCACUCCGGGUGAAUAUCUAAAUGAAAUGGAAGAUUUCAAUGAUCCGGACCGACGCAUCGAGGAUCACACCUUUAUACGGUCCCUGGAGGCCACAGUGCUGCAAGAUAUGUCAUUGCAUGGUGUACCGGAAAUCAGAAAGGUUUAUCUGCAUCUCCCGAUAGUGUCGAGCAAGAAACGCGUUUUCAUCAACGAGCGCGGCGAAUUCCAAGAGGUCUCCGAAUGGAUACUAGAGACGGAGGGUACAGCCCUCAGCUAUGCCUUGAGUGAUAUCAGCAUUUGCCGACGUCGGACCUGCACCAAUGACAUAAACGAAGUUAAUGCUGUGCUGGGCAUUGAAGCAGUGCGAAAAUCCAUCGAGAAAGAGAUCAACAAUGUGCUACAGUUCUAUGGCCUGUAUGUCAACUAUCGGCACCUGGCGUUGUUGUGCGAUGUGAUGACGGCUCGCGGUCAUUUGAUGGCCAUUACGCGUCACGGCAUCAAUCGACAACAGACGGGUACAUUGAUGCGCGCCUCUUUUGAGGAGACAUUUAAUGUGCUUCUGGAUGCGGCCACCCAUGGAGAGCGCGAUAACUUGGUUGGUGUAUCGGAGAAAUUAGUUGUGGGCCAAUUUAUACCGUAUGGAACCGGAUGUUUUGACUUGCUCACCGACGUGGGAAAAUGUAGGGAGUCGGUGAAGUCCUUUAACAAGCUGUUGCAGAGCGCUUGCGCGGCCAAUGCCUGCAAACCACCACCGAAUUGGCAGCCUCCAAGCCAUGGAACUCCCGAUUCACCAUUGAGUACGCCGAUCGAAUGCUACUCACCGGAUCCCGUGGUAAGCGGCUCGUUCUCUCCCGAGAUAUUCGUAUCCCCGCUUUACAAAUCACCCAAGUACGAGCCCGCAUCGUCCGUCACGUCGGCUAGUAAAUACGCAGACGAUUUGGGCUACCCGAACGCCACAUUACCCAUGUACCGGCCCGAAACAACCUACACCACGGGCAUGCCUAUGUAUAGUCCGGACUCACCGACAUACUACGCUUUCACACCAAUCUACAGUCCUGCUGCAUCCGCCUACAAGUCGAGCACGCCGUUUUAUAACCCCAAAACCCCGCAAUAUGUUCGGCAAACGCCGAUGUACUCGCCAACGGUGCCGACUCUGUCACCGGCCUCGCCAGAAUACUCUUCGGUACCCACAGUACCGUUAUACACGCCACAAACUCCAGUCUAUGUGCCAAGCUCUUCAGCACUGUAUUCGCCAAUGUCACAGGGGUAUUUACCAGUGAAGCCAACUUACGAGCCAGCUAAGCCGAAGUUCAUACCGAAAUCGGACAGUUUGUACGCCACAAAAUCCCAUUUACUGCCGCAGUACUCGCCCACUUCGCCUACAAUGGUAAACCUAUCUACUCUGCUUACACCCGACUCGCCCAUUAGUUACACGCCGAGCUCGCCACAAACCAAAAUUGGCUACUCGCCCAGCUCGCCGGAUUCGAACACUGGCUAUUCGCCCACAUCGCCGACAUCGGUUAUGGGCUACUCGCCCACAUCGCCGCCUUCGAAUAUCAGUUAUUCGCCUACUUCGCCAUCUUCUGCCAUUGGCUAUUCGCCCACUUCGCCGACAUCGAACAUGACCUACUCGCCGGCCUCACCACCGCUGAAUAUUAGCUACUCGCCCACAUCCCCGGCCUACUCGCCCACCACGCCCAGCUAUAUACAACAGAGUCCAGCUACAAAAAGUGAUUCCCCAAUGUAUUUUCCACCUGCCAGUAAUUUGGGCGGCUAUUCCCCCUCAUCUCCCAGCAUGCAUCCGAUAUUCGAAAGCCUCAACAAGAGAGUAAACUCCAUCCUAAAGCCAAAGUAUAGCAGCACCCCAACUGAACCUAAAAACAAGGCCGAAUACAGUCCGGCCAGUCCGGCUUUUAGUCAAUUCUCAUUGAGCACGAGAAGCACAAUGUACAGCCCUCAAAGCCCCACUACCUUUAGCCCCAUGUCGCCCCCUUUGCCUGGCAAGGAUGUCGAGUACAGUCCGGCGAGUCCCGCGUUCAGCGAUUUUUCGGUGAGCACUCCAAAUUAG